ACACACGUCCCAGCACAGUAGCAGCACAGGUCACGGUACAACUGUGUAGUGUGUCACACGGGAAUCAGGCCGACUAUUUAUAUAGGAGUCUUGUUGAAUGUAAACAUAAUGUUUUAAAAUGGCGCCUACGUUUUUAUUUAAGUAACGUUGUUAGAUCUGUAUCUAGUAAAUUUAUCGGGAUAUAUCAAACGUUCUUUCUAAAUCAUUACACUGCAACAACUAGAGCCUCUCCACCAGCAAUCAAGCACGCAUCCUAUAUGACCAUGGACCAAAAUGUACUCACCUACACCGUGGCUGUGCUCAUCAUCGUACUCACUCUCAUCUACUUCAAGCUGAGAAAGACAUUUUCCUGGGAGCAACAUGGGGUCAAAGAGGUCAAGCUAGGGUCACAGGCGUUUACGGACUUCAGAGCGGCGUGUAGACAGGUGAUCGACGAGCAUGGCGACACCGUGGGGGUGGCGGGGGGCGACAACAUCCUCAUCACGCGGGACCUGGACAUACUACGUCACGUCCUGGUCAAAGACUUCAACAACUUCACUGACCGGGCUGUGGGGGUCAUCACCAGGAGCCUGCUAGAUAAAGGUGCCUUCUUCCUUAAUGGACAGGACUGGAGGAGGAUCCGUCACAUUAUCACACCGUCGUUUAGCUCGGGUAAGCUCAAACAAAUGACCGCCCCCAUCAACGAGUCGGCACAGAAGCUGACCGCCGUCCUAGAGAAGCUGGCCGUGAAGAAAGAACUGGUCCCCAUCAAGUACCUGACGGGCCAGUACACGAGUGAGAUCAUCGCCAGGUCCGCCUUUGGUCUGGUCACCGACUGUCUGGGGAAAGAGGACGACGAGUUCACCCGCUUCUCCAAGGGCAUCAUCAAGUUGAGGAGUAAGGCGAUGAACAUGGUGAUGUUGGUCUUCCUCAGGUUCCCUGGGUUCCAUAGGUUCCUUGUGAAGACCCUAGGCAUUGAACCGUUCGAUCAGGCCAACUUUGAGGCCGACAGUUACUUCAGAUCUGUGCUGCACAGGACCAUUGCAGAACGUGAGGCGAUGGAGCGUAACGGCCAGAAGACUCCAGCAGAUCUCUUGCAGAGUUUGAUCAACGCCAAGAAAGCUGGGGACAAGGAGGCGGCGUCUUUUGUUGGUUCGACUGAAGGAGUCACGUGGGACAAGCUACCAAAAACCAUGUCAGAUGACGAGCUACUCGGCCAGUCCAUCCUCAUCAUCUUCGCUGGGUUCGAAACCACGUCGACCACAUUACAGAUGUGCCUGUAUCUACUGGCCCAGCACCCAGACAUCCAGGAGAAAGCCUACCAGGAGAUUGUGAAUGUGAUCCACUCGGGCAAGCCGACCUACGAGGAGCUGUCACAGCUCCGCUACCUGGAGCAGGUGCUCCAAGAAACCUUACGGCUGUACCCGCCCCUCCCCCUCAUCACACGCAAGGCCCUCAAUACUUGCACCUACGGCGCAGUGACCAUCCCAAAAGGGGCAUGGGUCAUCGCCGUGCUGGACGGUGUCAUGCUUGACCCUAAAAACUACCCCGACCCGGAAAAAUUUGAUCCCGAUAGAUUCUCUGAAGAAAAUUCUUCCGCACGAGAUCCCAUGACCUGGUUACCAUUUGGAUGGGGACCUCGCCUAUGUAUCGGUCAGCGGUUGGCCAUGUUAGAGCUUAAACUGGGCUUAGUUCAAGUGUUGAGAAAAUUAAAAGUAGAGCUUAACCAGAGAACAGAGCCGAAGAAGGGGGAAACGCCCAAGAUGUCUUAUCAAGGAAUAAUUGUGGUAGAUAAACCAAUCCAGUUGGAGCUGACAGCCAGAGAGGACUAGAGAAAAUGUAUAACCUGUUGUGAUUGGUUGAUAAUAAACAUGUGACAAUGUUUGUAAACAAACUAGUAAAAUUACCUCCUUUUUAGGAAAACAAUUGAGGUAGGCUAAAAAAAAGAAAAACCCAUAAAAUUAGUUUCAUUGAAACAAGCAUCACUAUAGUCAGCUGUAUUUUAGUUUUACGUAGGGCUAUGUUUUUUUUAUAUUCCAGUUAAACAUCUUUUAAAAUACAAAACAAGCAAGUUACUUGACAUGUAUGCUUAAAACCACUAUAUGUUUAUGUUUGUUUAUACUUUGAAAUAGCAUCCAUUUUUAAUUAAUUUUUAAACAGUUUUAAUUUUGAUUAUUGCAAUAUCGAAUAAAUAUUGUAGAAAUCCACUUAAUCUUUUACAAUAGCCUUUUUAGCACUUUAUAAUUUCAUUUUUAAUUAAUUAAUAAAGCAAUGUCAAAUACACAAAGUAUUAUUCAAUUUGAUAUAUUAUAAAAAGAUUAAUAUUCUGAUAUUUGAUACAUUGUGAGUAUACAAUCAUUGUGUUUUAUUAAGUUCCGAGUUUUUAAAGUAAUAUUUACCAAGAA